CUUUCAUAUGUUUUCACACAACUUGGUACAAAUAAUUCUCCCCCCAUCCCCAUCUCACUAGAACCACAUAAAAACAUGCCUUCAAGAUUAUCAGACGCCUUUAGAGCCCAUCCUGUCGACCUUUACCACAAACAUCUCGACUUUAACACACUCCGGGAGUUGCCCGACUCCCACGCAUGGACACAACUGGAAGACCACCACCACCACCACCACCACCCUUCCUCCGGCGAAUCGUUUGCUGCCGCAGAGAUGGUGCCGGUUAUCGAUCUUAAUGACCCAAAUGCCCUUAAUCUAAUAGGCCAUGCAUGCAAAACUUGGGGUGUUUUCCAGGUUACAAACCAUGGGGUUUCUGAGGAACUUCUUGAUGACAUUGAGGGUGCCGGUCGGAGCCUUUUCUCUCUCCCCGUCCAGCAAAAGCUCAAAGCCGCUCGCUCUCCCGACGGCGUCUCCGGCUACGGCCUCGCCAGGAUCUCUUCCUUUUUCCCCAAGCUUAUGUGGUCGGAGGGGUAUACUAUUGUCGGGUCCCCUGUCGAACAAUUUCGCCAACUUUGGCCCCAAGAUUACAGCAAAUUCUGUGACAUAGUUGAAGACUAUGAGAGCGAGAUGAAAAGGCUUGCAGGGAGGCUGAUGUGGCUAAUGCUAGGCUCAUUGGGCAUAUCCAAGGAAGACAUCAAAUGGGCAGGCCCAAAAGGUCAAUUCAAGAGGGCGUCAGCUGCCUUGCAAUUGAAUUCUUACCCUGCUUGCCCCGACCCGGACCGAGCCAUGGGUCUAGCCGCCCACACCGACUCCACCCUCCUCACGAUUCUCUACCAAAACAACACAAGUGGCUUGCAGGUCCUCCGGGAGGGAACCGGGUGGAUCACGGUUCCGCCACUCCCGGGCGCACUGGUGGUCAACGUGGGCGACCUCCUCCACAUAUUAUCCAACGGGUCGUACCCAAGUGUGCUCCACCGCGCGGUGGUUAACCGGACCCGCUACCGAUUAUCCAUUGCAUAUCUCUACGGGCCACCGGCCAAUGUCAAAAUCUCACCCGUCCAAAAACUGUUAGGCCCACGAAACCCCCCGCUGUACAGGCCAGUGACGUGGAAUGAGUACCUUGGCAAAAAGGCAAAGCAUUUCAACAGGGCACUUUCAUCCGUCCGCCAUGGAUUGGUUCAUGAUCAUGUAAACGAUCACAGUACUAACGACCACAAGUUGGCUAGAAAUUAA